AUGAUCCUGCUGCUUUGUCCAAUUAUCAUGCUAUCUGUGCUGCUUGCAGGGUGCACAUCGAAUGGUAUGAGCGAAAUCUACCUGAUGUCACUGCGAUACAACGAUUAUGACUACACUAUCACCAAAGGCCCGGCACAAGUGAGCUCACAUAUAGCACAAGUUGUUCAGAAUGUGACUCAGACAGGGAAUGGUACAGUUUUUGAGGUACGCGCAGGAUACAUGGGGCUUUGUGUGGGACAGAGCAGCGAGGACCGCAUCUGCUCCAGCAGUGCAAAGGCCCUGGCGAAUAUGAUUGAAGCCAAGCGCAGAACAAUCCAGGUUGGCAAUAGCAGUAUCGAGACAAUCCCGGAUCCGCUUAAUUUGAUCAUGAUCGCGGAGGAGUUCAGGCAGAAGAUCGUGUUUAGCGGGUUGAUAUAUGUGGCAGUGGCCAUGUGCUUUAUGGCAUUUAUUGCUCUUUCGACAUUUCCAGGAUGGCUUGAAAUGGACGAUGAUGAAAGCGGGGGGAUGUUCAAAGCUUUUCCUUCGCGCUCUGUUUCACAUUUCUCUUUGCUAGCUUCAAUCCUCGGGUUUGGGUUUGGAUUCAUCUCCGUGUUGUGGCAACACAUCAAUAGCAGCUCUACCGCGACUAUGGCAGAGGUUCUCACUUACGGGGCCGUCAAGGGCCAUGUCGGGCGCGCUUCUAUGGCAUUGGGAUGGAUUUCAGUAUUUGUUCUCUCAUUGGUCUCUGUGGGAAUUCUUGUCAUGAUUAAGUCGAUUUCCUUGAUUCGAAGAUUGACAGAAUGUUCAGAGUGA